AUGUCCCAGUGUCUGAUGCUGAAGGAAAAUCCUCAGACUGACAGUUCAGAGGCUGAGGAGGCAACCCAGCUGUUGAAGGGAGUGAAGUUGUGUCCCUCUCCACCGUGCUUGAAACAAAGCCGUCUCAAAAGGAUUCUCCAUUUAGCAGCCCUGGCUUCGCUAAAAGGAGAUAUAGUCGAGCUUAAUAAACGUCUGCAGCAAACAGAACGUGAACGUGACCUCCUGGAAAAGAAAUUGGCCAAGGCACAGUGUGAGCAGUCCCACCUCAUGAGAGAACAUGAGGAUGUGCAGGAGCGGACGACACUUCGGUACGAGGAGCGCAUCACAGAACUCCACAGCAUCAUUGCUGAGCUCAAUAAGAAGAUAGACCGUUUGCAAGGCACCACCAUCAGGGAGGAAGAUGAGUACUCUGAGCUGCGAUCAGAACUCAGCCAGAGUCAACAGGAAGUCAACGAGGACUCUCGAAGCGUGGAUCAGGACCAGACCUCUGUCUCUAUCCCCGAAAACCAGUCCACCAUGGUCACUGCCGACAUGGAUAACUGCAGUGACCUGAACUCAGAACUGCAGAGGGUGCUCACGGGGCUGGAGAAUGUCGUCUGCGGCAGGAAGAAGAGCAGCUGUAGCCUCUCCGUGGCCGAGGUGGACAGGCACAUCGAGCAGCUCACCACCGCCAGCGAGCACUGCGACUUGGCUAUUAAGACAGUCGAGGAGAUCGAGGGGGUGCUUGGCCGGGACCUAUACCCCAACCUGGCUGAAGAGCGGUCUCGAUGGGAGAAGGAGCUGGCUGGGCUGAGGGAAGAGAACGAGAGCCUGACUGCCAUGCUGUGCAGCAAAGAGGAGGAGCUGAACCGGACCAAGGCCACCAUGAACGCCGUCCGUGAGGAGCGGGACCGGCUCCGGAGGAGGGUUCGAGAACUUCAAACCCGACUACAGAGCGUGCAGGCCACAGGUCCCUCCAGCCCUGGCCGCCUCACUUCCACCAAUCGCCCAGUUAACCCCAGCACUGGAGAACUGAGCACAAGCAGCAGCAGCAAUGACAUUCCCAUUGCCAAGAUUGCUGAGAGGGUGAAGCUAUCAAAGACAAGGUCUGAAUCCUCAUCGUCUGAUCGGCCAGUCCUGGGCUCAGAAAUCAGUAGCAUAGGGGUGUCCAGCAGUGUGGCAGAACACCUGGCCCAUUCACUUCAGGAUUGCUCCAACAUCCAAGAGAUUUUCCAAACACUCUACUCACACGGAUCUGCCAUCUCUGAAAGCAAGAUUAGAGAAUUUGAGGUGGAAACAGAACGUUUGAAUAGCCGUAUUGAACACCUCAAAUCCCAAAAUGACCUCCUGACCAUAACCUUAGAGGAAUGUAAAAGCAACGCUGAGAGGAUGAGCAUGCUGGUGGGGAAAUACGAGUCCAACGCCACGGCCCUGAGGCUGGCCUUGCAAUACAGCGAGCAGUGCAUCGAAGCCUACGAGCUCCUCCUGGCGCUGGCCGAGAGCGAACAGAGCCUCAUCCUGGGGCAGUUCCGAGCGGCGGGCGUGGGAUCCUCCCCUGGAGACCAGUCAGGGGAUGAAAACAUCACUCAGAUGCUCAAGCGAGCUCAUGACUGCCGGAAGACGGCCGAGAAUGCCGCCAAAGCCCUGCUCAUGAAACUGGACGGCAGCUGCGGGGGAGCCUUUGCCGUGGCCGGCUGCAGCGUGCAGCCCUGGGAGAGCCUCUCCUCCAACAGCCACACCAGCACAACCAGCUCCACGGCCAGUAGCUGCGAUACCGAGUUCACGAAGGAAGAUGAGCAGAGGCUGAAGGAUUACAUCCAGCAGCUCAAGAAUGACAGGGCCGCAGUCAAGCUGACCAUGCUAGAGCUGGAAAGCAUCCACAUCGACCCGCUCAGCUACGACGUCAAGCCCCGGGGAGACAGCCAGAGGCUGGAUCUCGAGAAUGCCGUGCUGAUGCAGGAGCUGAUGGCCAUGAAGGAGGAGAUGGCCGAGCUGAAGGCCCAGCUCUACCUCCUGGAGAAAGAGAAGAAGGCCCUGGAGCUGAAGCUGAGCACGCGGGAGGCCCAGGAGCAGGCCUACCUGGUGCACAUCGAGCACCUGAAGUCCGAGGUGGAGGAGCAGAAGGAGCAGCGCAUGCGGUCCCUCAGCUCCAGCAGCAGCGGCGGCAAGGACAAGGCCGGCAAGGAGUGUGCUGAUGCUGCCUCUCCAGCUCUGUCACUAGCCGAGCUAAGGACGACGUGCAGCGAGAGUGAGCUGGCCGUGGAGUUCACCAACGCCAUCCGUCGAGAAAAGAAAUUGAAGACCAGAGUUCAAGAGCUUGUGAGUGCCUUGGAAAGACUCACCAAGAGCAGUGAAAUCCGACACCAGCAAUCAGCAGAGUUUGUGAAUGACCUAAAGCGGGCCAACAGCAACCUGGUGGCUGCCUAUGAGAAAGCAAAGAAGAAGCAUCAAAACAAGCUGAAGAAGUUGGAGUCUCAGAUGAUGGCCAUGGUAGAGCGACACGAGACCCAAGUGAGAAUGCUCAAGCAAAGAAUAGCACUGCUGGAGGAGGAGAACUCCAGGCCACACACCAAUGAAACGUCACUCUAAUGGGCACUCAGGUGCCACAGUUCUGCCGUGAGCUACGCUACAGCAGGCCACUGAGGAGAGAAGGGCCCCAGGGGUGAGACUACCUGUUGAGAGAAUGAGGAAAGGGAAGGUUGGCAGGUAGGUCAGCACUGGACAACGGAGUGCCACGGACUCAGCCCUUGGGGUGAGUGGCGCUGGUGAC